GAUAAGUAAAGUGACUGUUGGGGUAGCAAAGUCCAUGUCAAUGUCAUUGUGCAUUUUAGUGCAUUUAAAAAUAAUUAAAAACAAUAAUAUCAAAUUAAUUUUUUUAAUAUAAAAUUAUGUUAUUGGCUUUUGAAGGGUCACGUGAUGCACCGGCAAUGAUUCAACAAAAAAAAAAUAUUUGAGUCAGCUGAUGUCGAUUGGGAGUUUGGAUUCUCUCUCAGCUCUCUCUCCUCUCUUUGGCAACCAUCACAAAUAAAAAAUAAAAAAUACUUAAAAAUUAACUGAUCAUCAUUGUCAGGAUUGUCAGUCUGUUAACUGACACUUGAGCAUCAUCAAACAAUCAAUUUUUUAAUUUUAAAUUCAACGAAAUCAUUAACAAGUUUUUUGAUUUUUAAUUAUUUAAUAUUUUUAAUAAAAAUGCUUCGUGCAUUUUUAUGGCUUGGUCUUUUUGUAGCAUUGGGCUCAUCAGAAUUACUGAGAGUACCAGUCUACAAAACAAAAACAGUACGUCAACAUUUUCGUGAAGUUGAUACUGAAGUACAACUUGUACGUUUAAGAUAUGGACAAUCUGAUGCACCAGAACCAUUAUCAAAUUACAUGGAUGCACAAUAUUAUGGUGUAAUAUCAAUUGGUAAUCCACCACAAGAAUUCAGUGUUAUUUUUGAUACUGGAUCAUCAAAUCUUUGGGUACCAUCAAAACAAUGCCACUACACAAACAUUGCUUGCUUGCUCCAUAAAAAAUACGACAGUAAAAAAUCAUCAUCAUACAAAAAAAAUGGUACUGAAUUUGCAAUUCAAUAUGGAUCCGGUAGUUUAUCUGGAUACUUAUCAACAGACACAAUGAAUAUGGCUGGUGUUGAUAUUCCAGAUCAAACAUUUGCCGAGGCAAUGAGUGAGCCUGGUCUAGCAUUUGUUGCUGCUAAAUUUGAUGGUAUAUUAGGCAUGGCAUAUCCAAGAAUAGCUGUUGAUGGUGUCAAGCCACCAUUUGUCAACAUGUACGAUCAAGGAUUAAUAUCAAAAAAGAUAUUUAGUUUUUAUUUAAACCGUGAUCCAACAUCAAAAUUCGGUGGUGAAAUGCUUCUUGGUGGUUCUGAUCCUGAUCAUUACACCGGUGAUUUUACCUAUGUUCCUGUUGAUCGUCAAGCAUACUGGCAAUUCAAGAUGGACAAAAUUGAUGUUGGCAAUGAGACAUUCUGUGAAAAUGGAUGUGAAGCCAUUGCUGAUACUGGUACCUCUCUCAUUGCUGGUCCAGUUAAAGCUAUUGAAGCUAUCAACAAAGCAAUUGGUGCAACACCAAUAAUGGCUGGUGAAGCUAUGGUUAGCUGUGAUUUAAUUCCACAAUUGCCAACAAUUGAUUUUGUCAUUGGUGGUAAAUCAUUUUCACUGGCUGGCAAUGAUUAUGUUCUCAAGGUAACACAAUUUGGAAAAACAAUUUGUUUAUCUGGUUUUAUGGGCAUUGAUAUACCACCACCAAAUGGACCACUAUGGAUUCUUGGUGAUGUUUUUAUUGGACGUUAUUAUACUGAAUUUGAUAUGGAAAAUAAUCGUAUUGGUUUUGCAAUUGCCAAGUAAAUUUUAAUUUUACUUUUUUAUCAUAAAUGAUAAAUUUUUUUUUCAUGACUUUAAAUUAAAUUUCUUUUAAUUAAUAUUAUAUCAUAUACUCAGUGUUAUUAUUAUUAAAUUUAUGGAUUUUUCAGUGACCUAUUUUUUAAUUUUUCUUUUGAUUAUAACAAUUUAUAAAAUAAUAUUAAUAUCAUAUGUAAUUUCAAUAAAUCUUAUUUGAUAAAAUUUAUAA